AUGUCGUUUAAUGCCUUUGCCAGCUCGUUGAGCAAGAAACUACAGGAAAUCUCUACAAGUGUUUCCGAAAAAACCCAGGAAUUGCCCAGCUUGGCGCAAUCCACCCAAAGAAUGGUCCAGGAGCGUUUGGGCCAGGUGACGGACAUCUCCCAAUUACCAAGAGAGUACACGGAGUUGGAAGACAAGGUGGACACCAUCAAAUUGAUUUACAACCACUUCUUGGGAGUGACUGCCAUCUACGAAAACGGAUCGUACGAUUACCCUAAAUACAUUAACGAGUCUGUCAACGAGUUUUCUAGAAGCGUGGCUUCCAAGCUGACGGAAUUGACCCAUGCUACAUCUGCGUCUGAGGCACAGAACAUCUUGGUUGCACCAGGUCCUAUUAAGGAGCCCAAGACGUUGAACUAUGCCCUCAGUAAAGUGGCCCUGAACUCCAGCGAAUGUUUGAACAAGAUGUUCCCCACUGAGGAACAACCCUUGGCUGCUGCUCUCCUGCAAUUCAGUGAUGUGCAGGCUAAGAUUGCUCAGGCUAGAAUUCAACAAGACACCUUGAUUCAAACUAAAUUCAAUAAGAAUUUGAGGGAAAGACUUUCUUUUGAAAUCGGUAAGGCCGACAAGUGUCGUAAGGAUGUCCACUCCAUGAGAUUAAGAUAUGACGUAGCAAGAACUAACCUUGCUAACAACAAGAAGCCAGAAAAGGAAGCUUCCUUGAGAGUCCAAAUGGAAACUUUGGAAGAUCAGUUUGCUCAAGUCACCGAAGACGCUACUGUGUGCUUGCAAGAGGUUAUCUCCCACGCUAACUUUAGCGAAGAUUUAAAGGAACUGGCCAAGGCUCAAGCCGAGUAUUUUGAAACCUCUGCUGGUUUAAUGAAAGAAUUCCUAUCUAAUUCAUUUGCCGAAGAACCCGCAGCAAAGCCUGAGGUUACCGAAGAAGAAAAGCCACAGACUGCUAUCUCUAUGAAUGACGAAGACGACGCUUAA